AUGCUCUUCCACCUAGCCAUGAUACUUCCGACGCUGCCGCCGAAAAUGCUGCCUGCGCUCUCGCACCUGGCGAACUCUCUCCACACGAUUGGCGACUACUACGUGGCAGGCGACAAUGACGCUGCUCUCAAUGUCGCCCGCGAGGAGCCGCUCAUGCUCCCUCUCGGAGCGGUAAUUGGCGGCCUGGCGCUGGCCUGGCGAGGCGGCUCGCUCCCCAAGCCGCCGCCGACGCUGCUCGCCGGCACAAAUCUCGACGGCAAGCCGCUGAGGCUCGCCUACAGGGCUUCGCGCGAUGGUUGGGGAGCGGAACGCUUUCACGACCGUGUCGACUUUUGCGGGAGUGCCCUCGUCGUGGCAGCGAGUGGCGGCGCGGUCGCGGGAGGCUACAACCCGUCUGGGUGGGCAUCCACCGAUGAUUACUCCUCCUCAACCAGCGCAUUCGUCUUUGCGAUUGAGCGCAGCGGCGUUUGGCAUCGAAUGGGCACCACAGGCGGCGCGGCCAUCUACGACAACGCACGAUCUGGGCCCACCUUUGGGUCUGAUGCACUAGUCGUCGGCGCGGGCAUGGCUCCGGUGAUGGGAGGAUUCGCCGGCCCCGACACCGAGAGCAUGCAGCAGCAAGGGAGCUUGCGAUCCGCCUCCUCCUUCCUCGGAUCCUCCUACAACCGCGGGCCGCCUCCCUACGAGGUGUCGCUCUUUGGCGGUCGGCGAACGCAGGUGCGCCUCCGCGAGGUGGAGGUCUGGGUGGCCGACACGCCGCGCAGCAAGGCGCCGUACCGCGAAAAAGGAGGGCGCGAGCCGCGCCGCACUUUGGCGGGCCGCGCGUCCUCGAGCGACUGGAAGCGCAUCUUUUCCGAGGCGGGCAAGCAGAAGUGA